AUGGAAAAUCAUUUUGUUAAUCAUACUUAUAGAUUUGAUUAGCCUCCUAGACACAAAAGCGUAUCGAAUUUGAUUAAAAACAAAACAAUGCAAGAUUCAAAUAGCUAUCUCAAUCAAUUUUAUUACAAAUAAAUGGAAAUUAUUAAACUUUAAAAGGCGCUUUAGGGCUAUUAAGUUAGAGGAAAAAUAAAUCCUAUUAAUGCACAAAGAGCUUCCACCAGUUCAUUAAAUGAUUCAUCGUAAAAAGUUAGGCUUCCUUAAAUAAAUUAAGAUAAUUUAAGUAGAAUAAAAGAUGCCAAAAAAAAAGUGUUGCAACCUGUCAAAAUAUCAGCAUAAAUAAAGUAUAACUUGUCUAAAGAAAUAUAAGAUUUAUAGUCUAAUAAUUUGAAUGGAAAUUAUUACUACUUAUAAGAUAAAAAUCAAUAAUGGGAAUCAAGAAAGUAAUAGUGGCUCUAAGGAUUAGAUGGUUGUUUAAAAUCAGAAUUUUUAGAUUAUUAAGAAAUGUAUGAAAAAUUUUUUAAAGGAAAAUAUGAUUAAAAAAAGAAUUUGUUGAAAAGUAAAAAAAAAAUAAAAAGCUUAAAAUGUAUAAGCUAAAACAAUUAAGGCUCAAGCCAAAAUCAUCAAAACAAAAUAGAAGAACAUGCUAUAGAUUAAAAUCAAAAUUAAUCGUUUUAGUAGGGUGAUGAAGAAAAAGAUUAUUAAUAAGAGAAAAGUUUUAAAAAAGAUGAAUCCGAAAGCCAUAGAAAUACAUCUCAUGUAUAAGAAUAAACUGAAGCUCAAAAUAAGUAAGCAUAAUCAUCAUCUUAAAAUACUAGUGCUAUAGCAACAAAUAGGCUAAGUAACUAAGAUUAAGAGAAUAAUAAUUUUGCAGAGCAGAACUCUGAUAUAAUUCACAAUCAAGAUGUAGAAUAAAACUAGUAGAUAAUCUUAUCAGGAAGGCAGUAAGAUGGAUUAAUUACAGAAGUAGUUUUGAAUUAAGAAACUGAUACCAAAAAAAAUGCUUAAAAACCUUAAAUAAAGCCAAUUUAAAUCUAGAGAGGAUUGCAUGAAAAUAAUAAUUAAAAAAAAAAAGAAUUAUUACAUUAAGAGCAUCAAUAUAAAUUAUCUAUCGUAUCUCCUACAAUGUUACAAAAUACAAAUUAAUCUGAUAAUAAAUACUUCAUCAGCUCCUAAUCAUUAAAUAGUAACAACUAAGCUCACUAAACACCUCGUGUAUUUUCAUAAAUUAGAUCUCAGUUAGAUAAUUAACUGUUGUAUUCCCCCUUGUAAUCAAAUAUAACUUCUAACUAAGAAUUCUAUCCUAUCAAUAACUAAAUUUAUGUUAAUUACCCUUAUUAAAUGAAUAUGUAUCUUAAUACUUUUUAAAGUUCAGAAUAAAGUAGCAUCUAAAACCCUCAAACCAAAUUCUCUUUAGCAUAGCUAAAGACUAAAAACUUUAGUAAAGUCUAGCAAUCAUCAUAAAAAAGCGAAGAUUUUUUUUUCAGGGUUUCACAAGUUGUAAAUGUUAAAAAGAUUUCAUGA